AGUAGCGGGUCUGAGGUGACCUCUAUAAAUUGACAAUCAGUAUACUAGGGUUUACCUUCUUCUGCGGCCCUGAAAGUAGCUCUACAUUCCUCUUGCAGCUGCCGCGACAAACCAGCCUGACAGAAAGAGCUUAUCAUAUUUUUUUCACUUCGCAGCCAUGAUUAUUCCAGAGAAGAACCGUAAAGAAAUUUGCAAAUACCUUUUCCAAGAGGGAGUCUGUUAUGCAAAGAAGGAUUAUAAUCUCGCAAAGCAUCCAGAGAUUGAUGUUCCCAACCUGCAAGUGAUUAAGCUGAUGCAGAGCUUCAAAUCCAGGGAGUAUGUGCGAGAGACAUUCGCAUGGAUGCACUACUACUGGUAUCUUACCAAUGAUGGAAUUGAGUUUUUGAGGACUUACCUCAAUCUUCCGUCAGAAAUUGUGCCUGCUACCUUGAAGAAAUCCGCAAAGCCUGUUGGUCGCCCCAUGGGUGGUCCUCCUGGUGACCGUCCGAGGGGCCCACCUCGCUUUGAGGGAGACCGUCCAAGAUUUGGUGACCGCGAAGGAUACCGUGGAGGUCCCCGUGGUGGUGAUUUCGGUGGUGAGAAGGGAGGUGCCCCAGCAGAUUUCCAGCCUUCCUUUAGGGGUGCUGGUGGAAGGCCUGGAUUUGGUCGUGGAGGUGGAGGAUAUGGUGCAGCUCCAUCAGGUUCAGGGUUCCCCUGAAGUGAUUCUUGUUCAUUUACUUUUCGUUGCAGUAUUAGUGUGUCAUGUCUAAGGUUUAGAUCUAAUGCCAUUGCUGAAUUUUCUACAGCGUCUUGUAAGCUUUAAAGUAGAAUAUUUAAGAGCUUAUUAUGAGAUCUUUAAUUUUGUCCA